CAGAGAAUUUACCUGUUCUGUAAGCGACAACUAAAGGAUUUUUAAAAAGCACCACAUCGCGGACAUGGCACUGUCUCCGUACGGAUUUGUUCCUCUGGCUGUCACCAUCCUGAUUGCUCUGCAAGAAGGUUUGGGACUCCCUGCUCCAGAAGCCCCACUUCCUUCACACGUGAGAAUAAAGCGCUGCUCAUGCAGUAACUGGCUGGACAAGGAGUGCAUUUACUUCUGUCACCUGGACAUCAUUUGGGUGAAUACACCAAGUAAGACCACUCCGUACGGACUGGGCAGCCCUCCCUCCCGCCGUCGCAGAUCGCUGUCUCGCUGUGAAUGCGGAGACCUUCACGACAAGACUUGCAAACACUUCUGUUAUCACAGUGCUUACAACCUGAAAGAAAACAUUCAUCCAUUUCUGAAACUGCUGAAAAGCCAAAGUCCCAAGACUCAGAAGCUGGUUCUACUGAACUCUUUUCGGAAUAUUGCAAUGACCAAUUCCAAAGCUGCUGAACAGAGAGUUCUGAAGAAAACAAAAUCAAAAUUUCUUGUGGCAAAUGAUAUAAACAAAAGAAGAAAAAGAUAAAGGAGGUGGGGUGGUCCUGAAGAAUCACAAAAAGCUACUGGUAUGUCUUCCGGACUUACCAAGCUCCUGCCUGCUGAUGUGAAAGACAGAGAGAUGUAAAGAAGGCAGAAGAAGAAAGAGCUGGAGGAAAAUGAGCCUCCCAGUGGGUGUACAUAAGGAAGGCAUUCCGUCCAGUGUCACAGUAUUUCUAGAGGCGUCUAUGAGUCUUCCGUGGUGACCGGCAAGGUAUGCCAUCUUGACAUGGCAAUUUGCAGACCUGAUGGACCUUAUGUAGGAUCUAAACAAAACUGACAGCAUGAGGUGUGAAAGACAACAUCUUGGACAGCUUUGUGUUCUCUGUGAGUGUGAUGCUCAGCUUGUUGUGUUCUCCUGGCUUAACCGCAGGGCGUCACUGCCCUUUCAAUGCCCACAGCUGACUGUUUCUGGCGGGGUGAUGACUGUUGUUAGGGAUCACACUUGAUAUUACAGAUGAGUAAACGGACUUGGGGCUGCAAAUGACCCCUUUCUUAACGUGAAGUACACAGAAGAACUUGUAAACAUGUUUUAUUAUUCCUUUGCUGGCUUUAUUCAGGCUAGAGGUAUGCACAGAGCAAUUAGGCGGGCCAGCGUCCCAUUCACUGUGUUCACCUUCUUAUUACUCUGGGCGUUGCUGAUGUGCUGAACAGGGUGGGGAGCAUGACAUUAAAGAGGGAAAAAAAUGAAAGGAUGUUUUCAGGAAUUCAUUGCUCAACUAUAUUUAUAUUGUCAUAUUAUUUAUUUUUACCAGAUUAAUAUUUGAAAAGUACAUUUGGUGCAUGCCAGGCUAUUAUCCCUCUGUUUUUACUCAUCCUUUACACAGGAUUUGCAAAAGAAAAAGUCAUAAUGUAUUAUCGAAGCAAGUCACUUGGCACACAGGCAUGAGAGACUUGCCUUUCGCUUAUAGUAUUAAAUGAGUGGAGAUUUAUAAUCCUCAAAUGAAUGUAAAUCCAAAAACAAUGCACAUGCUUGUUGUUUUAAUCGAGAGAAAUGAAUCCCAUUUGCACUGCUGAUUUUCAAGUGUCGGCUGCACCCUUUUCCGCUUGCCUCAGUCACUAUGAAGCAUUGCUGUGAUGGUUCUUGUAAUGGACUGGCAAAUGUGGAAGUUAGGAUAGCCUUAGCUGUGUUUACCACUAGGCACAGCUCAACAACUAAAAAUGCUUGGACUUUUCUUAAAGAAAAACAGUUCAUCCAGCCAUCCUUUAUGUGAACCUGCUUUUUCUAAUUCAGGCUCAUAGAAAGCUAGAAUCUCUGCCAUCAGCACUGGAUAGAAGGCAGAGGAGACCCUUAUGGGACAUCAGUCCUUUUUUAUUAUGAACAGAGUUAGGUGCACUUUUUUAAUCAAAUAAUGGACUUUCUAGCUAAACAUAGUGAUAAUUAGCUUAUUUCUAAUGAAGUUAAGUUCUUGCAGUUAAGCAAGAUGACCGGUCCACCUUCACUUCUUAUAUACUGUACUUCAACUGUAUAUUGCCCAUCAUCUGCAAUUCAAAUUCUACAGUACUAUUAACACCAAAAGACUUACUUAAAGAUCAAAUCACAAAAAAAAGCCCAAAAAUAUCAGAAAGGCAAAGUCUAGGUGUAAAAAGUCAGAUCGUCUGGCUCCAUUAUGUCAUGUAAUUACGCACACAUACAAAGCUAACCUUGACAAGUCUACCUGGAAGCUGAGAAAGGUAUUUAAGAAAGAAGGAGUCACAUUCAGCAUAAAAUAUCAGAUAUGGCCUAAGGAUAAGGGCCACCAGUACAGGGUAAUUACUAAUACUGCUGGAAUUUAGCAAAUAACGAUUGGUAUUUACAAAUGACGUUUUAGCAACUUUAUGCUCUGCGGCUGCAGGUGACACCCUGACAGGGUCUUUCUUUUUGUCAUUAUGAAAACAUAAUGAGGGCUGAUGCUUCAAAUUUUAUUAAUCUUUGCAUUUUGAUGUCUCACUACAUUCUCUCAUGUGGCAGGAACAUUUAUUAAUAUAUCACAUUUCCAUAAAAAUAAAAGUAGCUCAAAGAGUUUCACAAGAUGUAAAAGAAUUACAACUUAUUUUUUUAAUUGCAGGAGUCCCUUAACAAACUAUGCACAACUUAAUUUAUUUAUUUUUAACUAUAUGCAGUUUUUAAGUCUCUAAUCGUAAAAGUCAUAGUUUGCUGGAAUGGUCAGACGGCCAGGGAGAAGAGGAAAACAAAAAGUCCAGCCGAUGGAGUGGUUGUAGAAAAUAAAUCUUGAGGGGUUCUGAGGCAAAAGGAAAAAGUGUAUUUAAGAGUGAAUGGGCUUCUCCUUGUGCAUGGGACUGGUGCUUUAUGACUUACUGGGACUGUCUCUGCUUCUUUUUGGGGUGCUAGAUGUGUCCCAAACCCAAGAGGAGGUGGAUCCUCUGAACUGUACCCUGGCUCAAAUGAGCUGCAGUGGGAAGCACUGAACUUGCAUUAUUUAUGGAUUACUCAUAGAAAUAUGAAGUUUACUAUUUAUUUUUGAGCAUAAAGAUGUGUA